AUGGCAACCGCUCUUCUCAACGUCCUUCUUGCCCACAGUGCUUAUUCAGCGCCUAUCUCCCCUCACAAUACAACUGGUUUCGUGAAAAAUGUAUCUGAUGAUUGCAACGAUCUCCGGAGUUGCCGAACGAUGUGGGGCAUCAUCUAUAGCUGCCUCCUUACCAUCUUUGCUUGCAUUUGGACGGUGGUGCACCCAGAUCUACCAAGGCGCGGUGGUGUUUCACCGGAGGCCAUUCUGGCGUUUGCAUGUCAUCAAUCCUUGUUGUCCUGGAGAAUAUCCAAAAAAUGCAAGGUGGUCGAAGGGUGGACCUCGACACAUUCAUACUUUGUCGUCAUGGAUGGUUUCUUCGACUCGUCAAAAGGAAGAGCAGUGGACCUGAACGACUUGCAGAAAUACCCCGGGAUAAUCGAGAAGAUGGAGAAUGGUAGAAAGGACGCAAUAACAAAGAAGGAAAUUCUUGACAGAAGCAAGGGCGACGGGUUUUGCAAAUUUCUCAUUGUCCUUCAACUGCUAUGGUUCAUCACUCAAUAUGUUGGACGAUGGGCAAGCCAUUUGCACCGAUCACAACUCGAGACAAUGACACUGGCAUAUGCAGCAUUAAAUGUCUUUGUCUAUGCGUUGUGGUGGCAUAAACCCGUUAACAUUCAAUUCCCAAUCCACGUAACGCAAGAGUCCGUUCCUCCGACCUCCGAGACAAAUGUCGGCCAGCCAACACCCAAAACCGAGACUGAUGCAGAUCCGAUGUCCCUCGUGCAGGUGUCUAAGCCCGAGUUUAUGGAACUCUUGUUUAUAUUUGCAGCCACUGGGACGAUCUUUGGGGGAAUCCAUUGCCUUGGAUGGUCGUUUCCCUUUCCGACACGCAGGGAGAUGAUCCUAUGGCGGGUUUCAGCGAUAUCUAUCACAGUGGCUCCAAUCUUUCUAUUUUUGUUCGUGUGGUUUGCGAAUCAUGUUAACGAGCAGAUUGGUAGCGGUAUAGUAGCAUUUACUCCAUUUGUUUACGCUGCUGCACGGGUCAUCCUGGUUGUUCUCACCUUCAGUUCUUUGCGUUCACCUCCGCCUGAUCUAUACCAGACCCCGUCUUGGUCGUCAUUCCUCCCGCAUUUUGGAUAGCUAGCUAUGUAUGUACUAUCGUGCUUCAGGUUUAAAUUGUGGUUUAUUACAGGACAGCC